GGUUCGGAGAUGAUGCAGUGAUGCAAACCGAGCAUUUUGAAAAGCAACAAACAUUUAAUACACAACAAGGAGAAAUCGUGACACCAAAAACAUUCUUUGUACAAAUACCCUCUGGUAAAAAGUACCAUUCCUAUACCGAGGAAACCUUUAAGCAGACCCAUGAUAAGACAACAACUGAUUCAAGUUUUAAAUCGAAUAAUACAGACAUUCUUUUAUCUAAACCCCUGGCUGUAUUAAACAUUCUUCCAGACAGACUGUCGAAUGAAUAUACGACAUCAACAGAUAUUCCAUUAGAAUCUGAAUUAACAACACGCAUUGGCAAAUCUGUCUCUUCGAAACAUACCUUUCAACGCGAAAUACAAGCAUUGUACGAACAAGCAUAUUCUAGCAAACUAAAACAAACUACGAUACAGCCACAUGUGUCAAAAUAUCUAGACCCAGUAUCUACCACUACAACGGUCGAACCUCUGAAAUAUACCGACACGACACAAGAUAUUAACAUUCGUGUAUCAAACAACAAAACCAUUGAUCAGGAGGCUGUGAAUGUCGUAGGUCAGCCUCCAGUUGAGUCUGGGAACAACUUACAUUUUAUAGAAACGCCUCUAAAAGAUGUCAGUGUUACUACCUAUUCAGCGACGCCAACUACAUCUGUACUCAAAGGUGAAACUAAAAUUUACCAAGAUGUAAGUGUUAUUACCCAUUCAACGUUGCCAACCACAUCUACAUCCGAAGAUGAAGCUGGAACGGAUAUCCGUGUUACUACCGAUUCAACGUUGCCUACCACAUCUAGAUUUCAAGAUGAAGCUAAAACUUACCAAGAUAUCCGGGUUACUACCGAUUCAACGUUGCCUACCACAUCUAGAUUUCAAGGUGAAACUAAAACUUUCCAAGAUGCCAUCCAACUUUUAAGAGUCAAAUUUAAAGACACAACAGACACAUCUGUUACAAUUCGAUCACCAUCCUCUGUUGAAAAUGAUUGGCUUAAAGUUGUGAGACACGGCUUUGAUUUACAGUCAGCAAUGGGAACCUCAUAUGAUGACGUCAAGAAAUACGUCACCUCAACUCAGUCGCCUCACCUCAACCCAGUCUCCUCAACCCAGUCGCCGCACAAUACAACAAUUAACGAUUAUGAUCCUUAUACCGAAUUGAAUGGAAGUAAUGAUCGAACUAGUUAUCAAAAUUAUUAUGGUUCUUAUAACGAAUUAUAUGCACAUAAUUAUCAAAAUGAGGGUCAACAUACUUAUCAAAACGAGGGGCAAUAUAAUUAUCAAAAUGAAGGUCAGCAUAAUUAUCAAAAUGAGGGCCAAUAUAAUUAUCAAAAUGAAGGUCAACACAAUUAUCAAAAUGAGGGCCAAUAUAAUUAUCAAAAUGAUGGUCGUAAUAAUUAUGGCUCGUAUCCUGAAUUUAAUGGAAAUUAUAAAAGAAAUGGUGGCCAAGAUAAUAAAGUGAUGUAUGGUUACAUAGAAAACUCCUAUAAUGACAUAACUACGGAAUCGUCGGUUGAUACAACAACCACAAAGAAACGUGCAUAUAAGUUUAAAUGGAGACCUGGCGUUCCAUAUUCAUUCCAGUCAGACACUUUGCCAAGUAAUCAAGACAAAAAUGAUCCAGUAUUCAGCGAACGAGUAUCUAUUGCCAAAAUACCAACGAAACAAAUAACAGAAUCCACUUUAGAUUUACAAAGAUUACCGACUGAUUUUAUUCAGGACAACGGACAAGAUUACAGUAGCAAAGACCAAAUUCAACUCAAUGUGCAAUAUGAACAAUUAACAAAACCUUCAGAUGCCAUUUCAACGUUAACUAGUUACAAAGAAGAAAUGUCCUUGAAACUACCGGAUAUUAAGGAUAUGUCCGUACAAGAAAAUAAAAAAAUUAAGCGUGAAGAGGCAAUCAAAAUUGUUGAUAAAAGAAUUCUUCAGUUAAAGAAAAUUGCAGCAUUAAAAUUAAUACGACAGAAAUUAUUACUUACAAAAUUACAAAAAUUGAAAAAUAACCCGUUAGCCCUUAAAAAAGCAAUUUCAAUAAUUAAGUCAAACCGAGAUUAACAAAAAGGUGUAUGAUAAAUCUUAUGUAAUGUUGUUAUUUAAUUUAUUUAUGUACAUUUGAAGGAAAAAUAAAAUUGUAUCUUCUUCUC